AUGGGGUAUGGCGGUACGGUGAAACCUAAGGAAUGUAGGGUACGGCUGGGCAAAAUCAUAGGGAAACAUCUUGAUACGUGUUCAUGUACCCGGUACGUAUUUAGAAGUACCAUGCCAAGUACCAGUACCCAGUAUGGUACGGGAACCGUCCCCAGGACCCCGAAUGGGCUUGGGUCUAGCAUCGAAGGCCUUUUACGCAAUGAAAGACUGCUGCAGGAAGACUGUCUUGGUUCUUUUUUGUUUUUUUUCGGGUAUUGUACAUUGAGACAUAAUGCCACAGUGUUUAUGCAUAAUGCAUUCAUUGUUUACAGAGUAGAGACAUUGCAAGCAAAUCUCGUAUAUGGCUUAACUUUAGCUUCUUCGUUGAGGCCUCAACUGAUUGAUAUUUGGAUGGGCAAGGGAAAGCUCAUAUUAAUUUGCCAAUGCGGUGGUGAGUUUGUGAAGAAUGACGAUGGUUCCUUGAAAUAUGCUGGAGGAGAAGCACAAGCAGUAAAUGUCAACUUUGAGACGCUGUUUGAUGACCUCAAGUUAAAAGUAGCUGAAGUGUGUAAUUUGGAAUAUAAAUCCGUGUCCAUCAAGUAUUUCCUCCCGGGAAAUACUCGGACUCUCAUCAGUUUAGCAAAUGACAAAGACCUUAAAAGAAUGCUUGAUUUCCAUGGGAACUCAGUUACAGCAGAUGUAUUUGUUAUGGGAAGAGAAGGUUUUAACCGUGAUGCAUUGAACAUUGACACCAACAGGGAGACUGUUGUAAAAGUAGCUGAGUCAGUGAACCAUGCUGUUGUACCAACAGCUGCUGCUACUUCAUCGCCAGCUGAUGCUGCUAGUCCUGUUGGUACUCCUCCUCCUCAUGUUGCCACUGGGAGAACUGCUGCACGAAAGAAGGCUGCUCGUCAUGGCAGAAGGAAAACUGCUGCACGAAAGAAGGCUACUCGUGCAGUUGACAAGGGCCCCACAAAACAAAUUACUGCCCGAAAGUCAUCUGCUCAUGCCAAUAUUGAUGAUUCCACUGUUGCUCCACACUCUCCUGUUUCUGAUACUCCUAGGGAAACCUCCCACCGCUCAACUGAAAUAGAUAUGGGUGCUACCCCAGCAGACUCUGUUAAGAAGAGAAGACGCACUGCUUCAUGGAAAAUCGGUGUCAAUGGUCCAACCAUUGUUUCUGUCCCUGAUGAUGAGGGGGACAAAAGCAUCAAAAGACCACGAAAAAACAAGAGCCAAAGUUUGGUGGUUUAUGAGAAGAAAAAUGAAAUUGUGCAUGGGAAAGAUGAUCGUGACCCUUCUUAUCUUGCCAACUCUGAUGAUGUCUCCCCAGAAAAACUAGUUGCUUCUUGGAAAGGUGGUAUUACUGGUGUUGGUCAGGACUUCAAGGAUGUGUCCGAGUUUCGCGAUGUUUUGCAGAAAUAUGCUGUUGCGCAUAGGUUUGCAUACAGGUUAAAGAAAAAUGAGACUACUCGUGCAAGUGGCAGAUGCGUAUCUAAAGACUGUUCUUGGAGGAUUCAUGCAUCAUGGGUCCCAGCUGCCGAAUCGUUCAGGAUUAAAAAGUUCAUUAAUUCCCACUCGUGUGGAGGGGAAUCGUGGAAGUCUGCUCACCCUGCAAAAAAUUGGUUGGUGAAUAUUAUCAAGGAAAGGUUACGAGAUUCCCCGCAGCACAAGCCAAAGGAAAUUGCGAAUGGCCUUUUACGGGACUUUGGAAUCGAAUUGAAUUAUACACAAGUAUGGCGUGGUAUUGGAGAUGCUAGGGAACAACUUCAUGGCUCAUAUAAAGAGUCAUAUAAUCAACUGUCUUGGUACUGUGAGAAGAUCGUAGAGACAAAUCCUGGCAGUUUUGCUAAGCUUGUAAUUGGCGAUGACAAAAGAUUCCGUUCGCUUUUCAUAUGCUUUCAAGCCUCAAUACAUGGUUUCCAAAAGGGUUGUCGUCCCCUUAUUUUCGUUGAAUCUACGUCUCUAAAAUCUAAGCAUCAUGAAGUUCUUCUUACUGCCACUGCACUGGACGGGGAUGAUGGUUUCUUCCCAGUUGCAUUUGCUAUAGUAGAUGUUGAGAAUGACGAUCAUUGGCUUUGGUUUUUGGAGCAGUUGAAAUCUGCAUUGCCAAAUAUGGAAACCAUUACUUUUGUUUCCGAUAGGGAGAAGGGAUUAAAGGAGCAUUUGGUCAAGGUGUUUGGGAAUGCUUAUCAUGGAUACUCUCUGUACCACCUUUUGGAAAGCUUCAAAAAAAACUUGAAGGGUCCCUUCCAUGGAGAUGGGAGGGGUUCUCUACCUGUCAAUUUUGUUGCUGCCGCCCAUGCAAUCCGACUUGUAGGUUUUAAAAAGUUUGUGGAGCAAAUUAAGCAGGUCUCUUCUCAUUCUUAUGAUUGGGUUAUGCAAAUCGAGCCCGAGUAUUGGACAAAUGCAUUGUUUAAGGGGGAGCGAUAUAUCCAAAUAACUCAAAAUGUUGCAGAGUUGUACAUCAAGGUGAUGGAGGAAGCGCGUAAUUCAACUAUAACUCAGAAGAUAGGAGCACUAGUAUCUAUGAUUACAGAGUUGGUAAAUACCCGUCAAGAGGAUUCAAGUAACUGGUGCACAAAACUCACUCCAUCGAAACAUGAGAAAGUUCAAGAAGAAAUUGCUCAUGCUCUUGGCCUUAAGGUUUUGUUCUCAUCCGAUACCCUGUUUGAGGUUCACGACGAUGUCAACCACGUUGUGGAUCUUAAUAAAUUAGAAUGUACUUGCUUGGGGUGGAAAACUAACGGUCUACCUUGCCGCCAUGCUAUUGCUGUAUUCAAUUCCACGAGGAGGACUGUAUAUGAUUACUGCUCAAAAUACUUCACAGUAGAUAGUUAUCGAUCAACGUACUCUGAGUCCAUAAAUCCUGUGCCUUGUGGAAAGCCUGCUGAAGAAGAAGAGGAAGAAGGGACUGAGUCAGACAAUGUCCAUGUGCUUCCUCCUUGUCCGUCCAGAUCACCGAAUCAACCCAAGACGAAAGAGGCGAAAAGGGAAGGACCGGCGAAAAGGGUAGUCUUUUGCAGUAGGUGCAAGGAAUCAGGGCAUAAUAAAGCUUCUUGCAAGGCUGCCUUGUAGCUUCUGUGCUUCCUCUAGUUUGACAUUCUGUAUAUUUUUGUAGAAUUACAAGUGAAAUAUAUAGCUAUAGACAGUGAAGUGUAGUAGUUCAUUUACCCAGCUACCCUUUUCCUUUUCCCUGGAUAAGUCUUUGUAUUGCAGUUUAACAUUGUCCUGAAUUUACUUGUUGGUUUUCAAUCCAAUUUAUGAGUGUUUGUCCUGCUCAA